GUCGAUCUUCUGUCCAAAAUUCAGCUAAAGAACUCUACAUAGAAAAAUUUUUUUUCCUACUUAUUAACAUACAAAAAUUAUUAGAUUUUUAGACUUCCCGACGUGAAAAGCAUAUAAUAGAUGGCGCAAAACACUCGCUCAAAAAAUUCAAGAAAAUUUGCUCAUACGGCUCAACUAGAAGCUCAUACUAGUCUUACUGAUGAAGCAAUAGUCGCUGAGACCUAUAGUGACAACUCAAAAUCACCCCCUGAUCAAGGGUUAACAAAACGAACAAAAAUAGAUACAGUAUUAGACGAAACCUCUUCUGAACCCAAAGUCAAUAAUGAUAUGGAUAUUGACAAAAACUUAGAAAAAAAAAAUGUUGUUCCAUCGAAUUCUGACGCCGAAUCACGUGAUCCCAUUAGUGCAGAUCAACAAACACCAAUCAACACAGAAUCGGAUGACAUGAUCACAGAUCUUCCAAACAAAGAUACUAAUGGAGCUAUUGCUUCCGGAUCAUCCAAUACACAAAAUACACAACAACAAAACAAUGAUGAAAUUACACGGAGCAUUCUUAUUUUUAAAGAAAACACCUCCACCACAAAUUGCCAAUACUUUAUUUUUUUCACGAAGGAUCAAUUUGACGCCAACAAAUCCAAUAAUGAAAUUAUAAAUUCAAUCAAAAAUGCAUUUCUUACAAUACAUCACGCUAUUGGUUACAAAUACCAAAAGAAAGCUACCCUAGAAUUUUUCACGGUGCAAAUCAAUAACGAAGAAUGUUAUAACAAUAUAGUUGAUAAACCGAUAGCACUCCUUAACAAUAUUACACCUCGUCCAUAUUCAAAAGAUUUAAUUGAUCAAUUGAUCGCGGCCAAGCUUAAUAAAAUCGAAGAAUGUACCGUUAAAUUGGCAAACGUCCCAUUCAACUAUGACGUAAACCUUCUCAUCAAACACUUUGCUAAUUUUACAAAGCAGUCUAUCGCCAGUUUUAAAGAAAUCAAACCUAAUCUUAAAAGAAGAAGACCACUAGACAACAGAAAUACCCAACGAAGCCAAUCACCUACCUAUAAACAAGUGAUUAUCACUUUUGACAAGAAAUCAGCUGUUGAAUAUUUAUUCGCCCAACAGAAAUGGGGAAUACUCAUAGAAAACUUUCUAGUUCGCAUUUUACCAAUGGACGUAAAUUCUCAAAUUUACAAACAGCGAAACACUCCCACAUAUGUAGUCACAGGUAUACCACUUAACGCCAAUAUUUUGGACUUAGAACCCUUAAUUAACCACAUCAAAGGUCGAUCAUUGGCAUUCGUUCCAACCAACCCGAAUUCAUUACACAAAGUAGCAUAUAUUUAUACGGAUUGUAAUAUAGACGAUCAAUCUAGUAUUAUUGAAAAAUUUGACACACCAUUUAACGGAGCCAAACUCUUCAUCUUUCUGGCAUCACAGAAAAAGUAUACAGAAACUUGUGGAUAUUGUGGUGAUGAUAAUCACAUGAUUAAUGAUUGUAAAGAAACAGAUUAUGUAAUAUUACCAAACAAUCGUGGACGACGUUUUAGGAAAAAAUUCCUGGCCAGAUCCAACAAAUUUACGAUGGAUGAUUCAAAUAAAUCCGUAUAUAAUCGUAUUAGAAUAAUCACCAGAUCUACACCCAAUGAACAUAAUCUCAACCAUAAUGGUCCUAAUCAAUCAUUACAUUCAAAACCAAAACACCCUAACAGUACCAAGUAUAAUUAUAAUCAAACACAGUAUCAACAACCAAGACAUGGUAAAAGUAUUAACAACACACAAUCAAUCCCACAUGGAUCAUGGGCACGUCCUACUGAAGAAUCUGGGUAUAAUUCCUCAAAUAAAGGUAAAGGACGAGAACAGAAUGACGAUAUCGUAGAACUUAAAAAACAAAUCACACAUCUAAACACUAUUAUAAAAGACCUUAGUUCACAAAUUAAAGGCCUAGAUAUUGUCCAAAAAACCCAUAAUAAAGAUAUUAAAUUAUUACAAGAACAAGAACGUCGUCAUGCUGAAGACAUUGAAAAAAUCAGAGUGGAAUGUGAGAAAACUAACACAACCAUUACUAAACAGUCAGAGAUCAUUAGUGACAUCCCAGAAAUGGCAUCAAUCCUGAGAAACAUUAGCAACUCAGGUAUAUUAACACGUUACCAACCACAACAAGAGGCAUACGGUACACACAAUUACGCUCAUCCACCUCACAAUUUAUACGUCGAGGAACACGUACACCAACAGGAAGAGAUCUAUAGUGAAUACGAGGAUUCCAAUAAUGGCUACGAAUCUUCUGAUACAAUUAAUACCCGCAUAUUUCCUGAUGAUGAUAACUAUACACCAUCACACCCCACAUCAUCUUCAUUCCCUUCUAUAACAUCAAGAGUAGGUGGUUUCCUCGGUCUCCAUCAGAGACAACAAUAAUCAUUGAUUAUUGUCUUAUACACAAGUAUUAUCUCUCAACUAUCAGGGUGGACUAAUGAUGAACAACAGUAAUAAUAAACACACUUCUGGCGUCGAAAACCAGAAAUUUUCUCCCUUUUCUAAAAUUAAACAUCUUAUUUCUUCAAAAAAUCCUUUUAAAAAUACUAAAAAAACUUCAAAAUCACAAAAUCAAAAAAAUAACAUUAAUAAUAUAGACAAUAUUGAUACCCCACAAAUUGCACAACAUUCUUAUCCCACUUUAAUUUUCGCUACCCAUAACAUUCAAGGUU